CCGCCGUCUCUGGGCGGAGCUGCACCCAGAGCCUGGACUGUAUUGAGACCGUGUGAAUGUUCGCGUGGACUAGGGCCGCGCGGGCCCCGCGCCUCCUACGGCUUGCUCCCGCGUGCUGCUGUGUAUGUUCGCUUCUUGUCACUGUGCGCCGAGAGACAGAGGGACUAUGAAAAUGAUUCAUUUUCGGAGCUCCAGCAUCAAAUCACUCAACCAAGAGAUGAAAUGCACCAUUCGGUUGCUGGACGACUCGGAGGUCUCCUGCCAUAUCCAGAGGGAGACCAAAGGGCAGUUUCUUAUUGAGCACAUCUGCAACUACUACAGCUUGCUGGAAAAGGACUACUUCGGAAUUCGCUAUGUGGACCCAGAGAAGCAAAGGCACUGGUUAGAACCUAACAAGUCCAUCUUCAAGCAAAUGAAAUCUCACCCACCAUACACCAUGUGCUUUAGAGUGAAAUUCUACCCACAUGAACCCCUGAAGAUUAAAGAAGAGCUCACAAGAUACCUUUUAUAUUUGCAAAUUAAAAGAGACAUUUUUCAUGGUCGACUGUUGUGCUCCUUUUCUGAUGCUGCCUAUCUUGGUGCUUGUAUCGUUCAAGCUGAGUUUGGUGAUUAUUAUCCUGAUGAACAUCCUGAGAAUUAUAUCAGUGAGUUUGAGAUUUUCCCCAAGCAGUCACAGAAGUUGGAAAGAAAAAUCAUGGAAAUUCAUAACAAUGAACUCAGAGGUCAGAGCCCAGCGAUUGCUGAAUUCAACUUACUCCUGAAAGCUCAUACAUUGGAAACUUAUGGGGUGGAUCCUCACCCAUGCAAGGAUUCAAGAGGUGCUACAGCAUUUUUAGGAUUCACAGCAGCAGGCUUUGUGGUAUUCCAGGGAAAUAAGAGAAUCCAUUUAAGAAAAUGGCCAGAUGUUUGCAAAUUCAAGUUUGAAGGGAAGACAUUUUAUGUGAUUGGCACCCAAAAGGAGAAAAAUUCUGUCUUGGCGUUCCAUACUUCAACACCAGCUGCCUGCAAACAUCUAUGGAAAUGUGGGGUAGAGAACCAAGCCUUUUACAAGUAUGCCAAGUCAAGUCAGAUCAAGACUGUGUCGAGCAGCAAGAUAUUUUUUAAAGGAAGUAGAUUUCGAUAUAGUGGUAAAGUUGCCAAAGAGGUGGUGGAGGCAAGCUCCAAAAUCCAGAGGGAUCCUCCUGAGGUGCACAGAGUCAACAUUACUCAGAGUCGCAGUUCUCACUCCUUGAACAAACAGCUCAUCAUUAACAUGGAGCCCUUGCAGCCCCUACUUCCUUCCCCCACUGAACAGGAAGAGGAAGAUCCUGUGACUGAGGGUGCCCCAUUGCCAAAAGCAGAUGUUUCUGAGCCACUGACUGUCAGCUCACCAGUGAAGGGAGCUCGGAGUGCAGAUCCUCUGAGUGAAGAGGAAGAUAAAGUGGAAGACCCCUUGACCAUCUCUGAACUAGCGUACAAUCCCAGUGCCAGCCUGCUCCCUACCCCAGUGGAUGAUGAUGAAAUCAACAUGCUCUUUGACUGUCCAUCUAGGCUUGAGUUAGAAAGAGAAGACACAGAUUCGUUUGAGGAACUGGAAGCAGAUGAAAAUGCCUUUUUGAUGGCUGAAGAGGAGGAGCUGAAGGAAGCUCGUCAAGCUUUGUCGUGGAGCUAUUCCAUCCUGACCGGCCAUAUCUGGGUCAACCCCUUGGUCAAGAGUUUCUCCAGGCUCCUUGUGGUGGGCCUGGGACUGCUGCUGUUUGUAUUUCCCCUGCUCCUCCUCCUUUUGGAGUCAGGUAUUGAUCUCUCCUUCUUAUGCGAAAUCCGUCAGACACCAGAGUUUGAGCAGUUUCACUAUGAAUAUUACUGUCCCCUGAAAGAUUGGGUGGCUGAAAGAGUCAACAUCUUCCUCUGUAUGCUCGGUUGUUCAUAGGUUCAUGUCUGAUGAGACUAAGGGCUAUCUUCAAUAGUAGUGAUAUCAUUUUCAGUAGGUUUUGGUUAGCUUUUUCUCUUAACUAAGUGCUCAAACCUUGAAAUUAAACUUAAGUAAAUUUAAAUCAAAUAUAACUCGUUUAAUUAUCCUUCAGAAAGGCAGCCUUGAAGUAAUCAAAAAAAAAUCUCCUUAUCAUACCAUAAUACAUAGUACAUUGGAGUUAGUUAGCUCUUUAUUGUGAGCUAUAGUGUUCAGAAUCAGAAUUUUAGUAAAAAUACAAUCUUUUUAAUAUAACCUUUGGUGAAAAUAAUGUCCUCUUACUGAUGCCUAUACAAAUAAGUUGAUGCUGGGGUUUUUUCAGUUUUUUUAAAAAAAUAUUUUUAUGUGUUCUAACUAUUUUGGUAAAUUUUUAGCAAAAAAAAGCUUUCUGGAGUUAUUUAAGUAUACAUAUUGUAAAACUAAUACACAUGGAAUUUUUUAGUGUUUUGGCACCUGAUUUUUUUAAAGAUAUUUUUUGGCUAACUAAUCCCAUAAUUUAUUAUCUGCAUAUGACUUUGUAAAAAGAUAGUAAAAAACUAUAGUAAGUACUCAAAAAAAGAUGAUUGAACUGAAAGAUGUAAGCAAAGAGAACACUGAGUUGACAUUGUGGGGUCCAGUUUUCAAAGUUUUGGACAAAAUAAUCUUAUAAUUUCAUUUGCAUUUUGCUCAUAUAUUUGAGCUGGGAAAGCAGAGUGUUUUUUUUUUUAAAGAAAUUGAUGCUACUUGCAGUAGUAAAAUUGUAAAAGAUCCACUAGUCAAUUGUUUAUUGUUUACUAAUCUAUGUGAAAGCAGGCAUGAGUCUGGCAAAUAGAAAGUAGCAAAGAAGAGUUCUGGUGAGACGGCUAGGCCAGAGGUGAUAGGCUUAGGGUUUCUUUUAUAGAAGUGAUGGUGAUAUAUGGAACUUAAUGUAAAGAGCUGCGUACUCACUUUCUGGGUUCAUAAAAUCGUGUUUAGUUAAUAAAAGUGGAGAAAUUUUAAGGUGAAUUUUUGGGAUCCCUCAUGCUUUCAUUGUGAUUCUCUGGUUGAAAUUUCAAUGUGUGUGUGUGUGUGUGUGUGUGUGUGUGUGUGUGUACUCUCGCGUGCGUGCACGAGAGAGAGAGAGAGAGAGAGAGAGAGAGAGAGAGAGAGAGAGAGAGAUUUCCUUUAUGGAUUUCUUUAAGUUCUAAACUCUUGUAAUUGUGGCUUCCAUUGAAACAAUGAUGUGAACCAUCAGAUGAUACACCAAUUCUGUUUGGAUAAAGUAGACAAUGGAAGAGAAUAGCAGACAAAAGAAAUGGUAAAUUCCUUCAUAUCAGUUGACCCAAGAUAGAAAACAUCUGGUGCUUUCCAUUGCUGGUCACUUACCAACACUGUAUAAGGAGUAAGAAUCAAAGAAGUAUAGAGAUUACAACAUAUUUACCUAUGUUGAAAAUAUCACAUUGCUUUGGUUAUAAAGGGAUUGGACACACAAUCUCUAUAUACUACACUACAGUCAUGCUUACUUAGUGCAGCUCUGAGUGUUUUGUUAGAUGAUUAUUUUGAAAGUAAACUUUGAAAGUCAGCCUAGGGUCUUUGAGUUGAAUGCAUUAUAAUAUAUACUUGCUAUUGCAUCCAUGAUUUAUACAGAUAUAGAAAUAUAUUUUCUAUGACUUGGACAUUAAGACAUUUUUGAAAGUUUGCUACUGAUCAGCAUUUUGGUUGAAUUUUUAAUUUUUCUCCUUUUCUUUUAUAUGACUUUGAAAUCAUGCUCUCUAGAAUGGGAAAACUCAAGUGCAGUUGAUAAAAAAAUUACUCACCUGUUUAAUUGUGCUUCAUUUUGCCUUUGAAGUGCUGGCCAAGAUAAUUCAUCUGGCCUUCCUCUUUUAAAAAUAAUGUGUAAGUUAAAUAAUAUUUUUAAAUUAUGGAGAUAGCAUGUUUAUAUUAUAAAAUGUAAAAAGAAAACAAGACAGAUAUAAAAUACAAUAUAUGCAUGCAGAUUAAUAAGGAGCAAGAUGCAGACAGUUUUAGCAUUUACAGUUUGCAUCACCCUUCUCUUGAGGAACAGUUCAUUGUGGAGUAGAAAUACUUUCAAUGAAAGACAGAGUAGGAACUUCUAAAUUAAAACAAUAAUAACAAAGCCUAACACUGGACUCCUAUAAUGCCAUUUAUUUGGUACAGAAUUAAAGCCUUUACGAAAUAUCCAUUUAUUGUAGAAAGAUUUAAUCAGUUGUUUAGAUAAAUGAAGAAGACAUUCUUCAAAAUAUAGUAUGUAGAAUAAUGAGAUUGAGAGUUCAAAGCAAGUACAUGAGAAUUUGAAUAUUCUGUAUCAUUGUUAUAUGCAUAUUUAUAAAAGAUAUGUAUUUAUGUGUUUGUAUAGAUAUAACCCACAUGCCUUUCAUACAUACUUACUUGUGCUAAUUUUGUCCCAGGUGAGAAAUUUGUGUAAUACUUUUGUUCCUUUCUUUCUCAGAUACUGUGAUAUCAAGAUAUUUAGAGUCUUAAGUACUUGAUUAUUUCAUGAAAGUACUUUGUGUACAUUUGUGGGUUUGUGUACAUACACAGAAAGAGAGAGAGAGAGAGAGAAAGAGAACAAGUAAAUAUACACAUAGUUGUUUUUAGUGCUAAUAUGAGCUCUAUAAUGAGAAUGAUGUAAGUAAAGGAUCAUAUAUUUCUGAGCUUGAAGCAUAAUGUGUGUUAUGUAUUUACAGUAUAUUUUGUAGUUUGUCUAAUAUUUAUGAACAUAAUUCUGGGAAGAAUUUACCAUGAGUUAAUUUCAUUGAAGUAACAAAAGAUAUGGAGGCCAUAUUAACUGUAUCUUUGUAUACUGGAAUUAGCAUUUCUAUGUCAACAUCCAGAUUGUUUGUCUGUUAAUAUGGUGGCAGGAAUCUCUAAUAAAAUACUCUGGGGUAAAAUA